AUGACUUGUCAUGCGUCAUACUUUCGGCGAGGCAUAUUCUUGGCGCGACAUAUUCUCUCCGCGUGGAAAGGGGAAAAUGUAUGAAAUAUAGUGACCGGUUUUCGCAGCAGUGUUUGUGAUUAAUUGACCCAUGGACAGCGGCAUUUAGUGUUUGCAACUAUACUUGCAACCCGUAAGAGCUUGUCAGAUUAAGGAAUGUUAAGAAACCGGUAUCUCACAAAUACACCCAAACAGGCAUUUUCUAAACUUCACUUCUCUCAAUUUCAAGCCAGCUGAAGUGGUCUUGUGAUUUUGGAAAACAUAGUAAGGCACUGAUACGAAAAAAAGCUGUCAGAGACGAAUAAUAUUUUAUUUUGUAUUAUGAAUUCAUUUAGAAAUUCGACGCUCAUCAUAGCCCUUGUGUUUGCUUUGACCGUCGUUAUCAUCAAAAUAUACGUCGGAGAGACUGGCCGUGUGGAUUUUUUGUCAAAGAUCAAACCUGUUACACUACUAGGACCUAAAUGGGAAGAGACUCAAAGUAAAAAUGUCUCGAAACUUGCCAAUCAUAGCUCCGACGAGGAAACUCAAAGACCGACAAACACCCUCAAAGGAAAUGAACCUCGGCAGAAGGCGGGAAAGGAAAAAGAAAGUACUGGAAAUUGCCGUCUGUUUGUCAGCACUGGCCUAAGGGGUCGCCUUGGCAACCAGAUGUUUGAGUACGCCGCCACUGUGGGUGUGGCCCAUUCUCAAGGACGUAUCCCAGCUCUGUUGACAAUGUCCAGCGAUUUGCAGGAUACCUUCCAAGUAACUCACGCGAGGACCUUCAACACUUCCGACAGCUGUGACAGCUGGCAGGUAGUUUCCGGGGUACACUUUGGCAUCUUUGAAAUCAGGCUUACUAAGCUACCCACGAAGAACAUCACAAUGUCUGGCUUUCGUCAGUCCUGGAAAUAUUUCGCAUCUGCACAAAAUGAAUUGAAGAAAGAAUUCACAUUCAAAGAACGUAUUUCAGCAGACGCCAAAAAUCUGGAGGAAGAAAUUCGACGGAAAUUUCCUAACAGAACUUUGGUUGGCGUGCAUGCGAGGAGAGGAGAUUUUUUGACGAGUCGAAAAUUGGGCUAUAAUAGCCCAGCUCCUUCUUACUACUACAAAGCGUUUGACAGAAUGAUCAAAGAAAUAGGACCAAAGACGUCUUCGCUGUUGUUUGUAGUGUCCAGUGACGAUCUCAAAUGGUGCGCGGCCAAUAUCAAGAGACCUGACGUGCAUGUUUUGAGCCCGGCUUCGGCCCAGCUUCAUUUGGCGUUCCUGGCGCGAACUAGCCACGCCGUUAUCUCAGCUGGUACCUUCAGCUGGUGGGCCGGCUGGCUGACCGGAGGAAAGGUCAUCUAUUUCUCAGGGUAUCCCAGGAACGGCACAUUCCUCAUGAACGAUUUUAAGGCUGAGGAUUAUUACCCACCACAUUGGAUAGGAAUCGGAGACUGAUUUGUAUGUGUCCAGGUCUGGGAUUGGGGACUUACGUGUACACUCUGUCUUAGGUGUGGGAUUGGGGACUGACUUGUCCACACAUAGGUCUGUCUACCUCAUUAAUUUAUUUUUUACUCCUUUUGCUUAUUCCCUGCUGUAAAGAAAGCAAAUGAAUGGACAGAAAAAUGUUAGCUUUGAACGUUUCUUGGUGAUUAUUGUAAGAAUGUGCUUGGCUUUUUAAUUGCAUGUAUAUGUACUUGAUAAUAUAUUUAUGCUUUUCCACGAUAUGUUUUUGAUAUUAGUAAAUUUAAUCGUAAUAGUGAACGAUUACCCAAAUAACAUUUUAAAAAUAGAUCACUAAGAACGAUGUAGCCUCUUCUACCUUGUUUCCUGUUUCAAAAAGAACAGACAACAACAUACACCAAAGAGAUGUAUGGUAAUGCUGAUGGAUAUAUGCGUUCUGUGUAAUUAUAAGACGGUGUUUCAGGAAGUUUCCAUUGAAAAACGGGCAAAAAGAUAGGAAAGGGAGGCAAAUGGUUCAAAUUCACACCAGAACAUGGUUUUAACACCGGAGCAUGGAUAGUUAAAGUAGAAAUGGGAAGUGUCUGUUUGUCCAGGUGAUGUCUAAUGAAGGUGGCCUUUGGCUGGGAGGAAAAAGAAUAACACUGAAAUUCUUAGAGGCAUAGGCCUUUCACGUAAAACAGAUGAAUUUGUCAUACAGCUAGUAGGAAAAUUUAGUCUCUGGUACAUAUUAUAUAUGUACUACACUAAUGGAAAGCAAAAGUUCUGUAAACUUCCAGAAAGUUUACCUCAAUAACAUCUGGUGAUCUCUAUGUCAUCUACUUGAACCAUUUGAAAGGAAACUCGAGAUAAUAAUUAAAUAAUAGUUGAUAAAUCUGUGUAGAGUACAUUUAUAGCUAUAUAGUUUACAAGUUUUGUUGUUGUUGUUGUUUUUUAAUAAAAGCGCAACAAACUCUGC